GGAGAAGGCUCUUUACAAAGUCAAACAAAUUGUUUCUUCCCACCCCGUUGUCGUGUUCAGUAAAACAUUUUGUCCAUUUUGCACAAGAGUGAAGAAGCUUCUUUUGGAGCUUGGUGCUGCGAAACAAGUCAUUGAGCUUGACAAACAAAGUGAUGGGGCUGUCAUUCAGAAUGCGCUACUUGAGUGGACUGAUCAGAGGACUGUGCCGAAUGUUUUCAUUGCGGGCAAGCACGUCGGGGGCUGUGAUGCAAUGGUGGAGAAGCACAGGAAGGGGGAGCUCAUCACAAUGCUAAAAGAGGCUGGUGCCCUUAGUACGAUGCCUGCUCAGCCGACUUGUGGUGACACCAACGACACUCCCAGCAAGCUGCAGCCUGCUCAGCCGACUUUUGGUGACACCCGCGACACUCCCAGCAAGCUGCAACCUGCUCAGCCGACUUGUGGUGAAACCAGUGACACUCCCAGCAAGCUGCAGCCUGCUCAGUUGUAGAGCAUCUAAAUGGAACAGGUCAUAACCGUAUGGAUAAAGGUCGUUCUUAAUUAGAGUUUAGUAAUAAUGAUAAUCUUGGUUGAAAUGAUGUUGUAACCAAAUAAAAUGGUCCCUGAUCUGAAACGUGGCUUUACCUUGCUUUUGAUCGUACUUUAGAGGGAGGCUGGGUGAGUAUCUUUAGACACAUGUAUCAUUUCUCUUGCAUAUCGCUCUCCCCAACUUCAGCUUGGUGUUGAAAGGCCAUUUUUGUUUUUCUUUUAUAACUCUAAUAAUUAAACAGGGUGUUUUUUAAUGUAAAUUACUAAA